CUUACGCGCACUUGACCACAUUACACUGCCACACACACACACACACACACAUUCAUAUUCAUCACUCUUUUUCUCCUUCAUUUCCCCUUUCAAACCCCUCUUCUCUUUUUUUCUGCAUUAUUUUGCUUCCUAAUUUUUUACCUCCUUCUUUAUCCGCGUGUUUCUUUUUCUUUCUUCUUUUUGGGGCUUAUUUUAGGGUUUCAAAACUUUUCAAAAGUCUUCCCAUUACUAAAUUUUAAAGCAAUUGAUCCCCAAAUUCGAAUCUUCACUCUCAUCCCCCUUUUCUCUCUCGUUUCCCAGCUCCCAUUUUCGCUCUGAAAGUCCUCUCCAGAGAAUUGAUUUUUUUUUCUUAUCUUUUAAUUUUUUCCUUCAUUGGUUGAUGUAAAUUUCCAAAUUUUGAUUUGGUGGAAGAAUCGGUUAUUGAGUAGCUGAAAACAACGGAUUUUGUUGCGGUUGUGGGGUUGAUUGAGGGUUCAAUAGUGAAUUUGAAAUGGUGGGGUGCUUGUGAAGAUUAGAAAACUUUUUCCUUUUUUGGAACCCUAGCUAGUUUGCUGUCUAGAAACAUGAAAUAAUUGGUGAUUCAUUUCCGGGGGGUGUUUAUGGUUUUUGUGUGAUUUUCAAUUGGAGAAGAAGAAGAAGGGUUAUGGAGAAUGGUUAUGAUAGGAAAUUGGCUGAGAACUUCUCAGCUUUGCGGAUUAAUAACCAACAUGGUCAACAUCAGCAAGUGCAUGAUCAAUCUCACUUCGAUGCUAACAACAGUGAUAACUUGUAUCAGGUCAUGAAGGCUGUUGAAGCUGCUGAGGCCACCAUUAAGCAGCAGGUGGAAGAGAAUAAUCGGCUCAGGGCUGAACUCUUGAACAAAAUUCAAGAACUAGAAAGAUAUAAGCAAGGUGAAGCAGUGGAUCAAAGAUCUCCUUUGGUUGCUCCUUUGCAGGAGCAGGGUCAUAGAUCAUAUCAAUCAGUUCCAUCAAGUACGCUAGAACAUAUGAUGAAUGCCAGAGGUGAAAUAGUUAAUCGUUCUGAGAACAAUCAAAUAAAUGGGACAUAUAGAGUACAACCAAAUGAUCAGCGACCUGUGGAUAAUGCUGGCCCUUCACAGUUGUCUUCGCCAUCUACAAGUUCAGUCUCUCCUGGCCGGCAUCUACCAGGAGACUAUGAUCCCCGAUCCGGUUCACCUCAGCAGGGCUUGAUGCCAGUGGCAGAAAUGAAUAACUCUAAUACUUUACUGAAGCAGGAUUUGGCUAUCAAGGUACGAGAACAUGAAGAAGAGAUCAUCCAAUUAAGGAAACAUCUUGCAGAUUUUUCUGUAAAGGAAGCACAAAUACGUAAUGAAAAAUAUGUCUUGGAAAAGCGGAUUGCAUACAUGCGCUUGGCCUUUGAUCAGCAGCAGCAAGAUCUUGUAGAUGCAGCGUCAAAAGCUUUAUCAUAUCGACAAGACAUAAUUGAGGAAAAUAUACGUCUUACAUAUGCAUUGCAGCUGUUGUUGAUGCCCAGUCGAUUGUUAGCAAUGUCAAGGUUUUAUUUAAACAUUUGCAGGAAAAACUUCUUCGCACUGAGUCGAAGCUAAAGGAGUCACAAUAUCAAUUGAUGCCAUGGCGUCCGGAUUUGAACAAUGCCAAUAUUGCUACGCAAUCACCAUCUCACCCAAUUGGUGCACCUUUGGCAACUUCAAAUAAAAAGGGCCUUGAGCUGGUACCUCAGGAGCUGUACUCCCAAGCAAGGACUCAGGUUUCUGUUGAUUCUCACAUGGGCAAUGAUUGGGAUAUGUUUGGCCGCACACAGACUGGCAUGGGUGGUGGUGUGACAACCAAUGUUGACGGGGAUGAUUCGGGGAGAUAUUCACCUUAUGCAAGCAGGAAUUCUUCAGCUCAUGAUGUACCCAUCCACCUAGGUGAUGCUCAUCCUCCACAUUAUGGAGAGGAGAUAACUAACAAACAGGUGACGUUUCGCGAACCUGUGAGCAACAAUGAUGUGGAUGAUCCUGAUGGAGAUGGAAACAAUAGUGAGAGAGAAGCAUCUGCUAACUGGAGUGGCAAUGCGCCUUAUACAACCGCUGUUGAUGAACCUGCUCCCUCGUAUUCUCCAUAUUUGCCACCCGUUCUUGAAGAACCUUCUUCGUCAUUUUCUGAGGCUGCCGACGAUGAUCCCUUACCAGCCAUAGAGGGCCUUCAAAUUUCUGGGGAUGCCUUUCCAGGAAGGGAACUUCAGGCAUGCGGAUACUCCAUCAAUGGCACCACUAGUUGUAAUUUUGAGUGGAUUCGACAUUUGGAAGAUGGUUCCUUUAAUUAUAUCGAUGGGGCAAAGCAACCCAACUAUCUUAUCACUGCUGACGAUGUUGAUACAUUGCUUGCCAUUGAAGUCCAGCCUUUGGAUAACAGGAAGCGCAAGGGAGAACCUGUGAAGGUUUUUGCCAAUGAAAACAAAAAGAUUACUUGUGAUCCUGAAAUGCAGAGUUGCAUAGAAAAGGCUUUUUACGCGGGACAAGCUUCAUAUAAAGUUUCUCUUUCGACUGGAUAUCUUGAUAUAUGGGAACCAGCCACAUUGACCGUUAAGAAGGAAGGUUAUAGUAUCAAAUGUAGUGGACCAAAUGGAGUAGUCAUCACAGAAAAGUUUGCGUCUUCCAGCAGUGUUAUGAUUCCAUAUGGACAUGUUUCAGAAUUUAUUAUAAUGGGUUCAAGUGGCACUGACCAUCUGUUAAGAGCAGAAAGCACUCCAACAGAUGUUUCUGGUGCAAGAGAUACUAUUGUGCUCACCUUGAGAUUAUUCAUCUUAAGGGCUGCAGAGAAAAAAAGAGGGAAGAAAAAAGGAUUAUUCUUUAACAGUUUAAAUUUGAAGUGAAGAGUGGUAGCUGUUUGGCAGAAAAUCUCUGCUUCAUACAGAAGGGUACUGGGAUGGGAGAUGUGUUUUGUGUGUGGAACGAAAAUUUUGCUCCUUUCAUAUUUAUAUAUACUAGGGCCGAAUUAGCUUGAGCUGUAGUUGUGAAUUUAUGUAUUUUUUUGAAUAUUCAGUAAUUAUUUUUUUCCCCCAUAGCCCUGUAAGUCAAGUGUUGUAUUGCUUGCUGUACUUGUCAUUCUUGUGCAUAUUUUUUUCUUGCAUAUUCAUUCUAGUUUUCUCACUUAAGUGAAAAUGAUAUAUAGUUAUCAAUUGAAAUUCGUGUA